GGCCAGUUCCAGGUUCUGCUCACUACGUACGAGUACAUCAUCAAGGACCGACCUAUUCUCAGCAAACUCAAAUGGGUGCAUAUGAUCAUUGACGAGGGACAUCGCAUGAAGAACACCCAGUCGAAACUUGCACAGACGCUGACGCAGUACUACCAUUCCCGCUACUGCCUCAUCCUCACCGGUACCCUUGCACAGACGCUGACGCAGUACUACCAUUUCCGCUACCGCCUCAUCCUCACCAGUACCCCCCUUCAGAACAACGUUCCCGAACUAUUGGCCCUCCUCAACUUC